AUGUCCAUUACUCAACACUCCAAAGAGAACACUCCAGAUAUUAUGAAUGUUGAUGAAAUGAGUACCGAUACUCAAGAUAAUACUGAUCCUGAUGAAAUAAAUAGUCCAGAUACUCAAGAUAAUAUUGAUCCUGAUGAAAUAAAUAGUCCAGAUAGUAAUGAUCAAACAAUUCUAGUAACAAUUGCUCCAAAUGUUAAGUAUGUAGAGAUUAAUAAUUCAAUUAAAAUUGUUCAAAAUAUAUAUGACAUAGACAUAUCAGACAUUAAUGUUGGUGAUUGGUUGUUGGUUCAGUACCAUUCAGAUAUGUAUAUUUGUAAGGUAAGUAAAAUUGGUGUCAUUGAAUUUGAAAGGGAAUUUUUGAGAAAAAAACCUUCUCUCAAAAAAGAUUCAGAUUUUAUGCUAUUUGUUUAUCCACAAGUCCCUGAUUUAUAUGAAUUUAUGUAUGACCAAAUAAUUGGGAAACUAGAUCCUCCUGCUAUAAAAAGAGGCAUUCAUAAAUUUAAUGUUAUUUUUUAA